GGCCGAAACGGAGGUGGCCCCAGGUUCAGCCGUGGAGGAGAGAGCCAGGGGAGGGCAGGAGCCGGGGACGGCAGCUCUGGGGCUUCCUUUGCAGGAAGCCAAGGAGCCAGGAGCUGCGCCCCAGGGCCCAGCAGGAGCCGCCAACCUCCAUGGCAGCUGAGGGGCCCUGCGCCAGCCCCACCCUGGCCCCGGAGGAGCCUCCCGCCAGCACCAUCCUGGCCCCAGAGGAGCCUCCCACCAGCACCAUCCUGCCUCCGGAGCAGCCUCCCGCCAGCACCACCCUGGCCCCGGAGGAGCCUCCCGCCAGCACCAUCCUGGCCCCAGAGGAGCCUCCCACCAGCACCAUCCUGCCUCCGGAGGAGCCUCCUGCCAGCCCCACCCUGGCCCCAGAGGAGCCUCCUGCCAGUCCCACCCUAGCAACGGAGGAGCCUCCUGCCAGCCCCACCCUGGCCCCAGAGGAGCCUCCUGCCAGCCCCACCCUGGCCAUAGAGGAGCCUCCUGCCAGCCCUGAGCAGGAGUUCAGGGACUGCGGCGCGACCGACACCAGCAGCUCCGCAUUCUCCUGUGGGGCCACCAGCUCCUCUGUGGGGUCUGGCAGCCCCGUGUUGCUAGGCUCCCUCUUUGGAGACACCCCCAGUGCCCAGGUGUCGUGGCCUGAGGAGGAGGAAGAGGAGGAGUGCGAGGAGGAGGAGGAGCAGGAUUUCUGCCCUGAGGAAGACAUCAUCCUGGUGAUCCAGCAGCACCUGCAGGGCAGAGCUGAGGCUCUGCACAACCGCUAUUCGCGGAGCCUGGACACCAUCCUCAGGGGCCAGCUAACAGAGACCCCCACCAUGGAGAAGCUGCAGCACCUCCUGGAGCACAUCCAUCGCUCUCUCCUGGCAAACAACCCCCAGGAGAGAGCCAGGGCCGUCCAGACCAGUGUGGCCCUGCUCCAGUUUGCCAUCUCCCUGCCUGGAUUUGACCUUAGAUGGUGA